UAUGUAGUAUACGUCACUCUUCCCUUGGUUUCUCUAGUUGAAGCUUGUGUAGAAUCAGUGUCUGCUUGAGUUCGUAGCCAAAAACUUAAUUUUUUUUCAUCUACAAGUAAAAUUAAAUAAUAAGUAGGUUAUACAAUCUGCAAAUCAUGAUUGAAAGAUCAAGGUUCGGAUGGUUGGGCUGCAUCCUUAUCCUAGUCCUUGCUGCUGGAGCUAGAGCUGAGGAGGAUGAUAUAGUCCUGGAUACAGUUGAACCUGAUCUUGGGAGCAGUAGGGAGGGUAGUAGAACGGAUAGUGAGGUUCUUGACAGAGAAGAAGAGGCUAUAAAGUUGGAUGGUAUGAGUGUUGCUGAAAUGAAACUAAUGAGAGACAGCUCGGAAAAACACGCUUUCCAGGCCGAGGUAAACCGAAUGAUGAAGCUGAUCAUCAACUCAUUGUACAGGAACAAAGAGAUCUUCCUCAGGGAGUUGAUCUCCAACGCCUCCGAUGCUCUAGACAAGGUUCGACUCCUCUCUCUGACGGAUAAGAGCAUACUGGACUCCACUGCGGAGCUAAGUAUAAAGAUCAAGGCGGAUAAGGAUAACCAUGUGCUGCAUAUCACUGAUACUGGUAUAGGUAUGACCAAGCAGGACCUGAUCAAUAACCUGGGAACAAUAGCCAAGUCCGGAACAGCUGAUUUCUUAAGUAAACUUCAGGAUGCUGCCUCAACCUCUGAAUUCAGCGAUCUUAUUGGUCAGUUUGGUGUCGGCUUCUACUCCGCUUUCCUUGUAGCUGAUAAGGUUAUUGUUACCACCAAGCAUAACGAUGACGAGCAGUACGUUUGGGAAUCUGACUCCAACAGCUAUUCCAUUGCAAAGGAUCCCCGUGGAGACACUUUGAAAAGAGGAACAACCAUCUCUGUCUACCUCAAGGAGGAGGCUUACGACUUCCUGGAGCACGACUCCAUCAGGGAGCUCAUCAAGAAGUAUUCACAAUUCAUCAACUUCAAUAUCUAUCUGUGGGGAUCAUCCACAAGCACUGUUGAAGAACCUAUUGAGGAUGAGGAAGAGGAGGUUGCUGAGGAACCAGAGAAGAAAGCUGAAGAUGAAGAUGAUGUUGUUGUUGAAGAGGAGAAGGAAGAAGCUGAGGCUAAGCCCAAGACCAAGAAGGUUGAGAAGACGACCUGGGACUGGGAGCUGUGUAAUGAAUCUAAACCUAUCUGGACGAGGAAGCCUGAAGAGAUCCCCGAGGAGGACUAUGAUGAGUUCUACAAGGCGAUCACCAAGGAUAAAAACGGACCCGUCACUCAUGUUCACUUCAUUGCUGAGGGAGAAGUCACCUUCAAGUCUCUUCUUUUCGUCCCCAACACCCAGCCCAGUGAGGACUUCAACAAGUACGGACAGAAGAAGGAGAACAUCAAGCUGUAUGUUAGGCGUGUCUUCAUUACCGACGAUUUCCAAGAUAUGAUGCCUAACUAUCUUAGCUUCGUCCGAGGUGUUGUUGAUUCCGAUGAUCUUCCCCUUAAUGUGAGCAGAGAGACCCUGCAGCAGCACAAGCUCCUGAAGGUGAUCAAGAAAAAGUUGGUGAGGAAGACCCUGGACAUGAUCAAGAAGAUUUCUGAAGAGAAGUAUCCCGCUUUCUGGAGUGAGUACUCUACCAACAUCAAGCUUGGAGUAAUCGAAGAUACAGCAAACCGAACACGUCUUGCCAAACUUCUCCGGUUCAUCUCAUCCAGUGGUCAGCUCACCUCUCUUGCAGAGUACGUGGAGAGGAUGAAGGACAAGCAGGAGCACAUCUUCUAUAUGGCAGGAGGCAGCAAGGAGGAGGUCGAGAAGUCUCCCUUCGUUGAGAGGCUAUUAAAGAAGGGUUAUGAGAUCCUCUACCUAACUGAGGCUGUCGACGAGUACGCUAUCUCUGCUCUGCCUGAGUUUGAGGGAAAAAAGUUCCAGAAUGUUGCAAAGGAAGGAUUCAGUAUUGACGGAGAUACCGAGGCCGCCAAGGCCAGAAAGGCGGAGGUCACCGAGAGGUUUGAGCCUCUGGUUAAGUGGAUGGGAGAGGAUGCCCUCAAGGAUCAUAUUCUCCGAGCUGAGAUCUCAGAAAGAUUAGCUGAGUCUCCUUGUGCACUUAUCACAUCCAAGUUUGGAUGGACUGCCAACAUGCAGCGUAUUAUCCAGUCCCAGACCCACAGUAAGACUCAGGAUAUGCAGCGAGACUACUACCUCAACCAAAAGAAGACCCUGGAGAUCAACCCCCGCCACCCCUUGAUUAAGGAGCUGUUGAGAAGGGUGGAGGAUAACCCAGCGGAUCCUGUUGCGAAGGAUAUGGCGCUCAUGAUGUACAACACUGCCACUCUAAGAUCUGGAUACAUGUUGAAGGACACGGUUAACUUCGCAGAGCACAUUGAGAAAAUGAUGAGACAGACCCUCGGAGUAUCAGAAGACGAAACUGUUGAGGAUGAGGAGGAUCUCCCCGAGGAGGAUCCUGUUGAUGAUCAGGACGAUGAGGAUGAGGAGAUAGAUGACGAGGAAGAGGAGGAGGUUGGAGAUGAGGCGCAUGAUGAAUUAUAGAUCUCUAGAACUAUUGACGCUUUAGUUUGCGUUCUUGACGCACAAAAUGUUCCAGCGUCUUGUUGACGCACAAAUGUGAUUUACAUGUUAAUACACCCAGCAAAGUUGAGUUAAAUUGUUAUUAUGAUGAACGGAUGUGAAAUAUGGAUGAAUUGUGAAUUUUUUAAUAAAUAUGUAAACAAAUUUAA